AUGGGCUUCUUCAAAGGCGGCAUUCUGCGCCUUACCUCAACCUUCCUCUACUUCGUGGCAUUCUGCUGCAGUAUGCUCAUCCUCGGCGCCACCAUCUGGUUCGUCGUCUCCUUCCGCGGCUCGACUCGAGACUUCGGCAUCAUCGGCAUAUCUGCCGCUUCCGCAGUCUACAGUUUCGUCGCAAUGCUCCUGACUUGCUGCCUCGCUGGAGUUUCAUUCUUCGCACUUAUGGCAAUCGUCUUUGACACUGUCUUCAUGGCUGUGAUGAUGGCCGUCGCGGUUCUGAACAGGGCUGGGCGGGUUGGGUGCCCGGAUAAUGCGAGUACCACUUGCAGAUUGUUUGUUGCGACGUUUGCGGUGGCGAUUAUUGGGGUGUUCGCAUACCUAAUCAACAUUGGUAUCUCGUUCAUCAUGAGGAGACGCGGGGAUGAUAGAAGGGUCAGGAAGACGGUCGUCUAA